ACAAAUUCCGACAAAGCCUAUAAAACUGAAACAACUUGUGGAUAAAACCAAAAAUAACACUCUCACCAGGAAUGGAAUUUCUGAUGCAAUUGUUUUGCACUUUUCCAAAUUGGUGUAGAACAUGUUCAUAUGUGGUCAUCGAGAAAGCCAUCAGUGUAAUGAAAGUGCAAUGGGAACAAUGUGCAGAGAAAGAAAAGUAUAAUAUGACUGUGAAAAACUCAGCCAUGUCUUUGUUGUAUGAAGGCGAAGAAUCCUGUUGUGGAGGAAGCAUUGUCAUACGAUAUGUCACAAACAACAGAGAUGAAAUCAUAUCUUUGAUGACAAACGGAACUGGAACAGAGAACAACACGACUAAUUUCAGAACCAAGGAGGACGACACAACAAAAUUUACUUUAAUAACUAUUUUUGUUGUUGUUGCAACUAUCUUUGCCCUCGUGAUUUUGGGUUUCCUGUUGAUAAAACUUAUAAAGAAAAAAUCAAGUCAAAAUCGGAAGUAACACAAGUUUCAAAUGACGUUAACAGUACAAACAUUUGGAUAUGAUUGUUCCGUGUUAUAAAUAUAGCUAAGAGGAAGCUAGGUUGAAUUUUCCUUCAUUCCGAAUGGGAAGUUCAAAUUGGCUUUAUGUAUACAAUGAAGUUUAAAUCGAAUU